AUGUCACGUUCACGGGACGAAGAACUCAUUCGAGAAGGCUUUGACGACACAUACGAGCCUCCCAACUUCGACAGCGACAGUGAUGGCGGCGUGAGGCUCGAUGCGAGCCCGUGGAACAAGAGCGAGCCUUCAGGAUCACGCAGUCAGCGGGAUCACCAGCGCGGAAUGGGUGAAGAGUCUAGUCGUGGUAAAGGGAAUGGCCGCGCUAACUCCCCGUCGCCCCAACCUAGGGCACACAAGUCGGACGACCCGGAGUGGAUUGCGACACUCCAUGAGAGAUACAGCACCAAGGCGAUCAGAGAGCGCUUCGCAGACCCCGAUCUGUGGCCUCCGAAGAGCGCCAAUAACAAAGAACAUCGUGACGCCCAGAUUCUUCGCAAAAAUGCGUCAACGAAGGAGGAUACUAGGCUCGCCGACGAAGCGCGGGUUCACACCACGAUGGGCAACUUGAGAGCGGUCAAUGAACUGCGGAAGCAAGGAAUCGCCGUCAAGCACUUCACCGGCGAUCCUGAAAAUCCUUAUGAAACCACAUAUAGGCACCCGGAUCGUCCUGACCGACUCAAUCGAAAGGAUGUCGAUAGAUGGGCGGAGUAG